AUGAGUGAGAGCACAUCUCACUUCAACAAAUUAUAUAAAAAAAGACAGCGAUGGUGGGAGGGGGCGGGCAGUGACUAUGGAAAGAGAGGGAUGGGCAUGCCGAGACUCCAACGCCAGUUAGCUGUUGCCUUCAGUAUCGUCUUCAUUGCCACUAUACACAGAGGUUGGAGCGGGCAUCAGGAUGCAGUGCACAUCACUGCAAUACUGGGGGAGUCGGUCGUGUUCAACUGCCAAGUGGACUUCCCAGCGGACCACCCCGUCCCGUACGUACUCCAGUGGGAGAAGAAGGGUGAGGAAAUCCCGAUCUAUAUAUGGUACGACAGUUACCCAACUCACUCCGGCGAGGGAUACGAGGGAAGAGUGUCCAGAGUUUCUCCGGAUUCUCCAUACGGACUUGCAUCUCUCAACCUUACUAACAUCAAGGAAUCGGACCAAGGAUGGUACGAGUGCAAAGUUGUCUUCCUUAACCGAUCACCGAACUCGCACAAAAAUGGGACUUGGUUUCAUUUAGAUGUACAUGCACCUCCAAGAUUCAGCGUCACUCCAGAAGAAGUCAUUUAUGUAAAUACUGGAGAUGCAAUAAUUCUAAACUGUCAAGCUGAAGGGACUCCAGUUCCCGAAAUAAGUUGGUAUAAAGAUGCCAAUCCAGUCGAACCAGCAGCGACGAUUGGCAUUUUUAAUGAUGGGACAGAACUUCGUAUUUCAAGUAUCAGGCAAGAAGAUAUAGGAGACUAUACGUGUAUUGCUAAGAAUGGAGAAGGUCAGAUUAGUCAUACGGCAAGAGUUGUCAUUGCAGGAGGUGCAGUUAUUAUGGUUCCACCGACAAACCAAACGACUCUAGAAGGUAAAAAAGUUCAAUUUUCCUGUGAAGCUAAGGCUCUUCCUGGAAACGUAACCGUUCGCUGGUGGAAGGAGGGCACUCCAGUGAAACAAGUAGCAUCGUUGGAAACAAGAGUCACCGUCAGAAGAGAUGGUUCCCUCGUCAUUAAUCCAGUCGCUGCUGAAGACACCGGAAUGUACACCUGUCAAGUCAGCAACGGAAUAGGUGAUCCUCAGUCGGCUUCAGCAUAUCUUAGUGUUGAAUAUCCAGCAAAGGUCACAUUCACUCCAACUGUGCAAUACCUGCCGUUUCGAUUGGCUGGUGUUGUUCAGUGUUACAUUAAAGCCAAUCCUCCACUCCAGUAUGUUACAUGGACCAAAGACAAGCGCCUACUUGAACCUUACCAAACUAAAGAUAUCGUCAUAAUGAACAACGGCUCCCUUCUUUUCACAAGGGUUAAUGAAAAUCACCAAGGCAGAUACACCUGCACACCUUAUAACGCGCAGGGAACUCAAGGCUCAUCAGGUCAGAUGGAAGUGCUAGUCAGAAAACCUCCAGUUUUCACUGUCGAACCUGAAUCUCUUUAUCAGCGUAAGGUUGGAGAAACUGUUGAAAUGCACUGUGAUGCUCAAGAAGCUGAAGGAACUCAAAAACCAACCAUCCAGUGGCAGAGGAGAGACAACCAACCACUUCAAAAAAGUCGAGUGAGAGUGACCGGAGGAAACAUCACAAUCGAGAGCCUGAGGAGGACCGAUUUCGGUUACUAUCAGUGCGUCGCGAGUAACGAAGUGGCUACCAUCGUUACCAGUACUCAGCUAGUUGUCGAAGGCACUCAGCCUCACGCCCCUUACAAUGUGACUGCCAACGCCAGUGAAUUCGCUGUAUCUUUGCAAUGGCUACCUGGCUACAGUGGUGGGCCUGACUACAACCAGGUGUACACUAUAUGGUAUAGAGAAGCCGGUGUUAACGAUUGGUUAACUAUACCUGUCACCCCUCCAGGAAGCACUCAGGUCACCAUAAAUCGCCUAACGCCAGGGACCACGUAUGAAUUUCAAGUAAUUGGUAAGAAUAUCAUAGGCGAUGGAAUGCUCAGUAAAAUUGUCACCGUCCGAACUCUUGAUGGAACCGCGAUUCCCUCGACUGAAAAGGAUGGGACCACACCUCCUGAUGAUGUGUAUGAUCAAAUUGUAAUGUUUCCAACUGAUGCCACAGGCUCAACCUUGUUUCCUCCAAUAUUUAGGCCAAAAGGUCCACGCCCAGGGCCACCGAGAAAUGUCACAGUUACAGAAAUAAGUAACGGUUUCGUCAUCACUUGGCAGCCACCAAUAGAAAGAGCCAACUUAAUCAACCACUAUUCCAUUCAAUACAAAACCGACGGACCUUGGAAAUCAGUCAGCAAAGGCCAGAUUAGGCCAGAGGAUACAUCUUAUUUAGUGAAAAACUUGGUUGGUGGUAGGACAUAUUAUUUCCGAGUAUUCGCAUACUCUGUGAAAAGCUACGAGAGUUCUGAAACUGUAAAGUUUUCAGUUCCUGCGAGAGUAAAACAUAAGGCCAUCACUGCUGGUGUUGUGGGCGGGAUACUUUUUUUUAUUGUCGCCAUUAUACUUUCUGUAUGUGCUGUAAAAAUUUGCAAUAAAAGAAAACGCCGGAAACAAGAAAAAGAAUAUAAUAUGGUUGCAUGUCGUUUAUCUGAUGCAAGAAACGGAAGUUCAGCAGCUCCAGUCAGCCAAGUGCCUUUGAAAAAAAAUAAAAGCGGAAUACCAGGUUUAAACUGGGUAUGCUGGUGUUGCAAAAAACAAAAAAAGGUGGAACAAGAAUGGGAUGGAGAUUUCUACAUUGAAGGAAGCCAUCAUGUUGGGAAGAUAUCUAGGGAUAGUGACGGCAGAUUUGUAUUAGCAGAUUCAGCGGGAAGCAGCUCGAGCUCAGAUGAUGGAGGUUUCUUAUCCCGACCAGGUUUCAGAAAUGUAGCCUCAUGGAGAAGACCUUUAGUUUGUCCUUCAGAUCUCAGUUUAAGUUCUACACCUCCACUUCAGACUAUAUAUUCUCCGAGAAUGUGUUCACCUGGGUCUUCUCCUUUAUUCCCAGAUGUCGAGGCUAGGUUGAGAAGUGUACAAUACAGUCAAGAACUGCCUUCAUUGCGCAGUGUUCACGAGCAAUAUAGUCAGGAGUUACCAUCAUUAAGAGCGAUUCAAGAACAGCAGAGAAGAAGACGAUACCUGCCUCGACAUGCUCGCUCCGCCCCAGACCUCUUUACUGAAACGUCACCAGAGAGUCGGUCAAGUUCCAGUGGUUUUGGGUCAAAGAAUACUUCUCAACAGAACAGCUCGGGCCAUUCAGAUUGGAGGUACAAACCUCCACCUCCUCCACCCCCUCUCUGGCUUCAGUACACUUCUGCUUUCCCGUCUCCAACACAUUCAGAGCUUAGCCAGCGGCUUAGUGUUGAUGAUCACUAUGAGUUUGAUGUUUAUCCCAUCACGCCGACACCCCCAGAACUCUCCCCAACAUUAAGGAUAAAGUACGACAAUAUCGAAGCAAGAGUUCAAGCUAUGAAAGAGGAGUUCCAUGCAUUCAGAGCUAGGCAAGCAAGAAGAAUGAGAUCAGAGCUUGAGAGUGCUUGCUGA